GGGAGGUAUUUCAGGCACAUGGUACGGAGUAUACGACAAUACGACCGGCCUCGACUCUCUCUCACUUCCGGCUGCCAACAAGCUCAUCUCCAGUCCGCCACCGAGGCUUUCAGCACCAGCAAGCCGGCCGGCAACAGCAUGAACGCCCACAUCGCGAUCGUCACGGUCGUUUUCGUGGUGCUGUUCGCGGCGUGGCUCUUCUUCACGUACAGGCGCGCCGAGGACUGCUUCCAGGGCGUGGCGACGAGGCUGGCGGCGACGCAGCACUACGCCGUGGUGCCGGACGAGGCGAUGCGGCGCGCCACCGUCGAGGCGUUCCUGGCCGAGAUGGCCAACGAGAAGCCCAUCCGGUUCACGGCACGGCAGCUCGCCGGGUUCACGCGCGGCUACUCGGCGCGGCUCGGCGCCGGCGGGUUCGGGACCGUCUACAGGGGCGCUCUCCCCAACGGGCUCCCCGUGGCCGUCAAGGUGCUCCGCUGGGGUGGUCUCGACGGCGGGAAGACCUCCGAGGAGCAGUUCAUGGCGGAGAUGGGCACCAUCGGGCGGACGCACCACAUCAACCUCGUCAGGCUCUUCGGCUUCUGCUUCGACGACGCCGCUCGCGCGCUCGUGUACGAGUUCAUGGACAAAGGCGCGCUAGACUCCUGCCUCUUUGACCCGGCGCAGGUCAUCGGCAUCCCCGCGUUGCGCGACAUCGCUCUCGGCGUGGCCAGGGGUCUCCGGUACCUCCAUGAGGAGUGCCAGCAGAAGAUCAUUCACUACGACAUCAAGGCCGGCAACGUGCUUCUUGAUGGCAGCCUCACGCCCAAAGUUGCCGACUUCGGGCUUGCGCGGCUGGUGAACCGGGCAGACACGCACGUGUCUUUGUCUUGUGUCCGUGGCACCCCCGGGUACACCGCGCCGGAGAUGUGGAUGCAAUCGGGUAUCACGGAGAAGUGCGAUGUGUAUAGCUUCGGCAUGCUCCUGCUGGAGAUCGUCGGCCGGAGGAGGAACUUCGAUGAGGCGGCACCGGAGAGCCAGCAGUGGUUCCCCAUGUUGGCAUGGACCAAGUACGAGAAGGGUGAGCUGAUGGAGCUCGUGGUGCCGCCGGCGCUGGGCCACGGUAACGACAACGAAGACCCUGGUCCUGCUGUGGCUCCGGCAGAUGAUCAGCCGCUCUACUGGGAGCUGGCGGAGAGGAUGUGUAAAGUGGCGUUCUGGUGCGUGCAGCCGGUGCCGCAGGCGAGGCCGCCCAUGGGCGCGGUGGUGAAGAUGCUCGAGGGUGAGAUGGAUAUUGCUCAUUUACCGAACCCGUUCCAGCAUCUCAUGGCGUCAACGCCGGUGGCAAACUUUUGGACGACAAUGGCAAGCUACAUAAGCACUACGGCAGUGUCCACGAAUGGUGGUGUGUCUCGAGGUAGCAAUGAGAUCGUUUCGCUUUGAUGCUUUUGUGUAGCCCAGUCAUCAUCAGUCAGAUCAGAGAGACCUCUUCAAUAUUAUCUACGACAAACAGCAAAAUGUGUGAUGUACAGCACCAUAUCUCCCAUAUUUAAUGCCCUUUUUCGGUUGAAUCACCUCAACUGGUCAUGUACAUUUUGUUCGAGUCUACGACUUAAUCCAAUCGUUUCUCUCA